UCCGUCAUUGUACGUGGAGGAUGCAAACUGUCUCCGUAAGUUCGUUAACUCAGGCAGCAAAUUUUCCCCUGGAAAUUGUCAAAUAGUUAUUUUGCAGCUUUGGAAAACGGUUUUCAACCCAGGUCACACCCUUAAGAUGGCUGCCGGGUGCGAGAUGAAAUCAGGUCGCGAAUUGACAAAGAUAGUCUGGAUAUUUCUGCUUGUCUUGGCUGCGGUAUCCGGACAUCCGAGACCCUUCGGGAUUAUGCAGUCUCCAUUUAAUACCGGGGGUAUUUCCAUCGGACAGUCUCAGACCCCUAUGUUUCAAACCCCAUUUAUGAACCAUCCAAAUACUAAUCCGUUUAUGCAAUCAGAUCCCUUCGGGCACACGGAUCCCUUUCGGCACUCAGAUCCCUUUCGGCACCCCGAUCCCUUUCAGCCCCUGGAUCCCUUUCGGCCCCUGGAUCCCUUUCGGCACUCAGAUCCCUUUCUGUCCUCUGACCCCUUCCGCCACUCGGAUCCCUUUCGGCCCUCGGACCCCUUUCGGCAUACUCAGGGCACCAAAGUCGUGCCGCGUGUGGACCCCUCCCCAAAACCUACGCCGGCCAACACCUCUACAACUACCACGCCCUCCCCAAACAAGAAUAACUCCUUCCCAACCACUAAACCCGGGUGGGGUUUUAACCCCUGCCGAAUUGGUGAACUUUGCCGACGUACUUUUACCUUCCCAUCGUCUAAAGACUCCCCGGUUAAAAAACACCCCCUAGUUUCCGAACACAUUCCAAUAACUCUUCCCCCCACCCAGGAGGACGAACCAUCCUUUGCGGACGAAUUGUUGCAAGCGCUGUCUAAUAAUUCCCGUAUUUUCGAUGAGGAUGAUUUUACUUCACAGAAUCUUACCUCGGUUUCGAACGGGGUUGGCUCAGGAGAGGUGACCGGAUUUGCUGUGUUCUUGGGUGCCUUGCUCUGGGCAGUGGGAACCUUUUUUACCGACUAAGCAACCAGUUGCGCUGGAGAUGUGUGUCAUAAUUAACUGAUUAAAAUAUUUACGUGACAGAAUCUAUUGUUUGCAAGCUUUUCGAAUUAUUGCUUAGCCAAAAUUUUCUAAAAAUUUGGCUCGCUAUAUAUGUACAUAUUUGCUUAUUUGCAUGCACGACUUGGGGAGGAAAUUUGCACAAAUCUUGGGGGAAUUUUGAGAGUUUGAGAAGCUUCAAAUCAACUUCAGAAAAACUUCCCAAAUUACAGAAUCAAUUAUUUGCAACUUGUUUGAAUUAUACAUGGGUUAGCUAAAAUCUUCUAAAAAGUAGGCUCGCUAUGUAUGGAUGUACAUAUUUACUCACGUGCAUGACCUGGAGAGCAAAUAUUUAUUAUUCUUCGAGGAAUUUUUUGAGUUUGUGAACCUGCACAAAACCCAAAAAAUUGACAAGCGGGGUUAACCAAUAAUAUUUGAUUAAAUGCAAUAUGGAGUAAUGCAUGCAAGUGCAAUUUUAUAAGUUUAAUGAGUUUACACAGGUGAUUAUUUAUGUCAAUAAAAUAAUUUACACGCUUUCAUAGAAUAAUUAUUAAAAUAAUGUUUGACUCUUUUACUUGGAUGUAAUUUUGAUGGGUGGUGGAAUUGCAUGGACUUUUUUGUCAUA